GCGUAACGCGAUAAGUCGUACCCAAUUUAAGACUAACCAAAACUAAUUUCUGUUAUUCUACUCCGUGUGAGAAGUGGGUAUUUACGGAAUCACUUUGCCUCAGAUACUAAUAAAGAAGAAGACUGACUGCUGUUCAGGCCAGAGCCAAAUCAAUUCGAAGCAUUGCCGACUUGUCCACUUGUGUAUUUUAGUUUUAGUUUCAUAAGUUGGAGAGGCUAAUAGCUUACAUUAUUAGUAAAUUGGAGAAAUGCAAAAAAUCCUUUCACUUUGAGACAUUUAAGAAGAAGAAAACAUAACCUAACCGCAUAACUUUGUUUCGUAAUUUGGCGCGUCCUUUUUUGUAGGAAUGGACGAGCGAUUGAUUUCAGAGUUUCUUCGCCUGGGAGUGUCGAGCGAGGCGGCCGUAAUCGCUACCCAAGUGUUCCUCGAACUGAACGAGAUCAAGAAAUACUGGGACGUCGGUUACGAGUACAACGCCGCCUUGAACAGGAUCGUUUUGCGCGGUAAGAAAACCAAAAGGGAUACCAUAUCGGUAUUCGUGCCGGUGUCGGUGCAUGAAGACCUGUGCUUCGCGAAAGUGAGCGACCUAAUAGACUCCUGCGGCGAAUCGGGCAUCUUUUUGGCCAUAGUGCAUCCCGACUCUACAUGCGUCUACUAUCGCGUGUCGGAGGGCUUGAUUGAACCCACCGAAGAGGAAGUGUCAGCGAAGCACUUGCGAAUCGACCGGAGGGAACUGCUCGACUCUGGCUUGAGAAAGAAUAGGCGGGUGCUCGAAGAGGCCGCCCGAUACGGUGUGGCCGUCAGUAUCAGUAACGAGAGCGGAAGUAGUUCAAAUGUACCCUCCAGUGUUGAUUCGAAGAAAUAAAAGUUAAGCAUCCUGGAUAUGGUUUGGUGUUGCAGUAUACUACAGGUUGUGGUAUCUGAGAAAAUUGCGAUUGUUUGUUUAGGUUCUUUACUUCUAUGAUCACUAUUAAAUUUCCUUGGGUUAUGGCGGCUGCAGAGAAUUGUCUUUUAUUUUUUUGCUCACGUUAAUGUUAUUGUCAGCAUUACUGAGCCAACCAGUGUUCUUAAUGGGUAUUCCCACAAGUUUAAAAGAUUUUGUACUUUACUUUUGCUCAAGUGUAAAUUCUUAGUUUGAUUUGUCUGCUAGGUUUUUUUUUUAAUUACGCUUUAUUUGGCCACUUGUCCGCUAGGUUGCAGAGAAUUAGCUCUUCUUUUUUAUUUAAGCGCUAAUGCAGGGAUUAUUCACGCAAAGAGUCUUCUUCUUUUGGUAUUUGAUGGCCAGAUUAAGAUUAUUUGAAUGAGAUUGUAAGGGUGAUUUAACCAUGAAGCCUGCAUCUUAUUUUAGUAUGUGAUGACCAUUGAAUAGAUUAGAAUAGAACAGCACCAUUCACAUAAGUUAUAAAACAACAAAUGGUACGCAUAUAUAGCGUAACCUUUACACAAUUAUAUAGAAAAGUAACUCAUAAGUUUUAUAUUUCAGACGAAUCUGACAAUGAAAGUGGACAAAAUAAGAAAGUUAAUUACAUCGUAUUAGUACUAUUCGUUACUGGUUUGUCAAAGUCUAGUUAUUUCGCAAAUGUUGGCUUGUUUUUGAGUUUAUGUCCCCAGUUUUUGGAUAAUUUGAGCGCCAAGUAAUUGUGAUUUAACCAAGCAGCCAAUGUAGGGGUCAUUUUACUAAGCAGUCUUCUUCUUUAUUGGUAUUCAAUGGUUAUUGUUACUGGUAAUGUUUGUCAUAGGUAACCUAUUAUCUAAAUUUGGGUUAGUUCUUGGGCUUUUAUGUGGACUAGGUUAUGUUUUGUAGGUUUUAUUGGGGCGCGAAUGUAAGGUAGAGGUAGGUGUUGUCUGUCUUGAGUUUUAAACGAAAAUAUAAAAAUAAUAUUUGGCAACGCAUACAUUCAUAGUUUAAAGUUUAUUUUCUGCAAUAUAUAGAGCUUUUUAUUGACUUAUUUAUAUGUUUUUCUAAAUUGUUUAUAUCAUUUUCAGUUUUUUUCAUUUUUUUUAUGUAUUAUAGGUACACUUCUACGCCUAGGUUAAGUUUAUAAAUUAAUUAAUUUCCUACUUGGUUAAGUGGAUCAGGGAGUUACUCCUGUGAGUCUUUCAUUUGAACUUUGCCAUUUUUUUAAUAUUUGCUUCUCGCUAUUCAUUUGUAAAAUUUAUGUUGGAAAAUACAUUAUUAUUAUUUAACCAGGCAGUCUCAU